CCGGCGUGCCCAUGUUUUCGGAACGGGCCCGCUCCUGUCCUGCUCAGAAGCCUGGCUCUGAUUCCUGGCUGUGCCGAGCGCUGCGGGGCUGGGAGACAUCCGGCAGUGCUGCCUUGGAGGGCUCAGCCCCCAGCACAGCAGGGCAGCAGGGCUGGGCUCUGCCCUCGCUCACACCGUGCCAGGCACCGAGCGCCCCAGCCUUACAGCUGUAUCGCACCCGGCUUACCCCACAGAGGGGUGUUGCUGUGGGUUUUGUAGGAGCUACAAAAACACCUCCUGAGAAACAGCAGGGGUGCGCAGCGUGGGUUGGACCAGCUGGUGUGGGAGCGUGUGGGCUCCACGGAGCAGCCACCGUGGGAUGGGAGCCGGUGGGGACGGGGGGCUGCGGGGCCGGGGCUGCUCUGUGCAGCGGAAGGAAGCGCUGCAGGAAGCCGCGUGCAGCUCGGCCUCUGUGCAGCCCGGUGCUGGGGCAGCGGAGGCGGUGGGGAAGCGGGGCCUCGCUCCUAGGCAGAACUCGACUUCCUGGGGAAACUGAGGCACACGGGGUCAUGGCAGGAGGCGGGGAGGCAGCGGAGCCCCUCUGCAGGGCGCUCAGCGCUGCUCAGUGCUUGUGUGAAUGCACACACGUGUGUGUUCCCAGCGGGGAGGGACGAUCCUGCCCCAGUGCGGCGCUGGGAGCCAGGCGGAGGCAGGCAGACGGUGGCUGUGGGUGCUGCUCCCCGUGCAGUGGUGUCACCGGCUCCAGCUCCUCGGGUUGUUUUCAUACCAUCCCGGGCUGGGGGAGGACCUGCCGGCGGCACGGUGAACUUUCGGCUGCAUCCUUUACCGUCUUGCUUCACCCUCCCAAAAUAGCAGGGCCCGCCUGGAAACCUCCUCCGGGACUGGCAGAGCAAUGGGUGCCCUGAGCCUCAAGGGGCUCUUCCCCUUUCCUGAGCCCCAAGGAUGGGGUGGCUGUGGGUGCCAUGGCCGAGACACGGGUGCAGCCUGGCUGCUGGGACCACCGAGCCCCGAACCCCCGCAGGAAAGGCUCACCCAAAAGCGGUGCCAAGGGCUCAGCCGUCAGCUGACAUUCCUCCGGGAGGCCCCUCGGGCCGCCGCCCGGGGCUGCUCGGCUGCGGUUACAGCUCGGUGUGAUGCUGCUCCGGCACGGUGUGCUGCGUCCCCGGCACCCGGCUGUGCUGAGACCCCACCAACUCAUUACACCGGUGCUCGAAUUCUCUCCGUGCUCGCUUCCACCCCGCGCUCGGUCCUUCCGUUUUGGGAGACGGUCCCCAUUCCUCUCCACCUGCUCCCCCGCUCCCGUGCUGCGGGUGCUCGGUGCGGUGGGGCAGGUCCCGGCCGGCACCGGGCGCGCUCCCCGGGCAGCGGCCGCACCUCGGGGAGGGGCCGGGCAGGCGCGCGCCGUGCCGCGGGCUCGGGGCUCGCCGGCACGGCACGGCACGGCACGGCACGGCACGGCACGGCACGGCACGGCACGGCACGGCACGGCACGGCACGGCACGGCACGGCACGGCACGGCACGGCACAGCGACGGGACACGGGGCGCUGGAGCCGGGUCCGUGGAUCCCUGCUUGGCACCCACCUGCCGUGCAGGAUGGGUGCUGCAGUGCUGGCAGCUGCCUGCAUCCUGCUGGCUCUGCUGCCUGUGGGCCGUGCCCAGAGCACCCCUCCAUCAGGAUGCAGCCAGGACCUCUCCUCGCUCUAUUACAACCUCUGUGACCUGUCAGCAGCAUGGGGCAUUGUGCUGGAGGCCGCGGCCAGCCUGGGUGCCGUGACCAGCUUCGUGCUCACCAUCGUGCUGGUGGCCAGCCUGCCCUUUGUGGAGGACCCCCAGAAGAAGAGCCUGGUGGCCACGCAGGCCUUCUUCUUGCUGGGCACCUUCGGGCUCUUCUGCCUGACGUUUGACUUCAUCGUGGGGCCAGAUUUCUCCACCUGCACCUCUCGCCGCUUUCUCUUCGGUGUCCUCUUCGCACUCUGCUUCUCCUGCCUGCUGGCACACGCCGUGGCCCUCAACUUCUUGGCGCGGAGGAACUGUGGCCCGCGAGGCUGGGUGACGCUGGCGGUGGCUCUGCUCCUGGCGCUGGUGGAGGUCAUCAUCAACGCCGAGUGGCUCAUCAUCACGGUGGCCCGGCAGGAGGGCGGGCCUACAGACCCCUGCGGGCUGGCGGAUGCUGAUUUUGUCAUGGCGCUCAUCUAUGUCAUGGUGCUGCUGGUGGCUGCCUUUGGCACCGCCUGGCCGGCCCUCUGCGGCCGCUACACGCGCUGGAGGAAGCACGGCGCCUUCAUCUUGGCCACCUCUGGGCUCUCCAUGGCCAUUUGGGUGGCAUGGACGGCCAUGUACCUCUACGGGAACCAACACGUGGGCAAGAAGCCCGGUUGGGAUGACCCCACGUUGGCCAUCGCUUUGGUGUCCAACGCCUACGCCUUCAUCCUCCUCUACGUCAUCCCCGAGGUGACGCACGUGACGCGGCGCAGUUCUGAGCAAGGCUACGAGGACGACGUGUACCCCACGCGUGGGGUGGGCUACGAGACCAUCCUGAAGGAGCAGAAGUCGCAGAGCAUGUUUGUAGAAAACAAAGCCUUCUCCAUGGAUGAGCCUUCCUUCGCCAAGAAGCCGGUGUCCCCGUACAGUGGCUACAAUGGGCAGCUGCUGACCAGCGUCUACCAGCCCACAGAGAUGGCUCUGAUGCACAAGGGGACGAGUGAAGGUCCUUAUGAUGUGAUCCUGCCCCGUGCCACCACCGCCAGCAGUGCCAGCUCCACACUGCGAGCCGAGGAUGCCUUUGCCGUGCAGGCCCGGCACGCUGCAGCACAGCGAGAUGCUCGGGGCAGCCAGGUGCUGUCCCCAUACAGCAGGAACCGGUGGUGAAGCCCAGCUCCUACAGCACUGGCGCAGCUGUGACCCUACCUUGCCUCCCUGCCUGGUGCAUCUGACCCUGUUGGAGCCAGUUCCUGAGCUGGGAAUAUCUGGAUGCAGCCCCGCAGCCUGCACCAUGCUGCCUGGCUGUGGCACUGCAGGCUGCCUGCUCUGCGCAGCUCCCCACUGCCACCCCAUGCUGUCCCAACACUGCCUUCACCAUGCAAGGACACCCUGUUCGCUCCAGGCUGGGGAUGUUUUGCUGCUGGACAGCCAGCAGCAGGGGGUGCCUGCCCAGGGCUGCACCUCGUGAACCUCACCCAGUGCUGAGCCCAGGCCAGGGCACUGCACCCCAAGCCAUCCCCAGUUCUCCCAACCCUCCUGCUGUGCCUCGCUCCUCCUGUCACUGGGGGACAUGGGGAUGCUCUGGGUUUCAGCUCCCAGUGGUCUCUCCCCGCGGCUCCGACCGCCUGAUCUGUGCCUUAUCCCAGUCUCCGUGCCAGGGCUUGAGGAUCACAUUCAGAGCACUGGGAUGGAGCUGGGCCCCCUCCUUCCUCUGUUCCUCUCCCCUUUUUCAGGUCAGACCCAAUAAAGGUGAGUUUUCUUA